AUGAACGAGUUUCUUGACUUUCCGGCAAUCAUCAUUUUCUACGGUCGACCACAGCAGCGAGGUCGAGAGUCUGAACCACUAGCAUGGGUCAACAGCCCAUCCUUGAUCAAGAGCUACAUUGCCAGAUAUUCAGAAGACAACAAAUGCGGUUGCCAACUGGAGCCCGCUGCUCGGCUCUACACCUACUCCUGCUCGCUGGGCUGCUGCACGACCAGCACGAGCAACGACACUGAAAAGGCCGUCAGUGAUGCAGAGAAAUGGUAUUGCUGGAAUGGCCUCAAGGUGUGUGAGAUCGGGGUGCCAGUGCCCCACACGCAAGCCUCGUUCUUGUCUCCUUUCGUCACGACGAGGCAAGUGGCUUUCCUGUGUCCGCUACAUGGACCUGACAGACUCGCGAAGAGCGCUUCGCCGCGGACACACCGCCAAGUCCAUCGUGGUGACAGCAAGAACAGCGUGGCGGCAUCACACUUGGAUGGAGAAGGGGGUGAUGUUGAAGAGAACACGCGAUCAAGCUCACAGAAGACUAUGUCUCUAGUCUCGAACAUGGACGGUGGCCUGGAGAGUGGUGCUCCGUCAGAAGUCGCAUCCGAAGCCGGGGAUGACGAGGACAGUGAGUCCAGGAGAUCUUGGUCCUUCAACACACAGAUGGGAGCUCUUGGAGGUGGGCCGUCGCCUCGCGCGGAGAAAGCACCGGGACAGCGCUGCGCAUGCAGUCAGUACAUCCAUGCCUCACAUCAGGGUGUUGGCAAGAAGGAUAAGCAGGCCAAAAGCUCACAGGGAGAAAGCCUGACGGCCGCAGGUGAGGCGCAGGAGGUGCGCCAGGCACUAUCUGCUCUCGGAGAGUAUGACCUGCUGCACACCUUCGUCGCGGUGAUGUCCGGUGGGUUGAAUAUGGCGAAGUCAGUUUUGCGGCUUCAUUUCAGCAUAGAUCCGGGUGCAUACCAGAACUUGCCCGAGCCCGCGUGCAAGCAGUGGGAAGUUGGGCUUAUGCCCUGGUAUCGUGAGUUUCAUCGGACGGACAUGCACUCACGCUGCCGGCACGGGAUGCUCCUGGCCAGCAUCUUGCGAGGUAUGUUGGGCGACGGGCUGACGAGCGGACUACACGAAGAAUCGCUGGACAUUCUUCGCUUGCCGCUCCCGAUGUAA